AUGAAGUUGGUCCUGCUGAAGACCUUUCCUGUGAUGCUGCUGUUGCUGCUGGGGCUAGGGCUGGGCUUGGGCCUGGGCCUGGGGCUUUGGCUGACUUCCACAAAGCCAGAGGAAAACCAGGAGCUGCUGAACCUGCUCUGGGACAGUGACUCAUGGGAGGAGGCAGAGACCACAGAGGAUACAGGAGACAUCAAAGCUACAGAACCACAAGAGUCUGGCAAGAAUGACAUGCUAUUGGGUGAGGUGAAAAUGUCAUUGGCAGAGGCCAGUGAAAAGGAAGCUACAGGCCAUGAGACACCAGUAACUGAGGAGUUGUUUCAAAAGGAGGCUAUAUUCUACUCAAGGCAGCUCAAGAAUAGUAGGGACUGCAAUGUCAUGAUGGCCCAGAAAUUAUCAGGGCCAAAGGGCACCUGUAAGGAGAAGCACACCUUCAUCCAUGAGCACUACGACAAAGUGAGAGCCAUCUGCGCCACCCCAAAUAUUCCUUGUAAGGAAAAGGGGAAUAACUGUCACCAGAGCAGAGAACCUUUGCAAUUGACUGUCUGCCAACUGAUCCACGACAUGGUCUCAAGCCAUAAGUGCAAAUACCAAAGCAUUCCCAUGACCAUGAACAUAAUCAUUGCCUGUGAUGGGAUGAACCCCCGGAAUUUUAAAGAACAUGCCUAA